GUCAUAAUGAAUGCGCCGCAGCUCCGCCGUCUGUUGUGAUUCGGCUGAUUAAAGAUCUGCUCCUCCAUAACACACAACGGGCAUGAUUAACCUCUGCUGUGAAGCCUCUCCCACAGCAAUUCACCAAAAAAUGCUGUGAUUAUUUCCAUCAUCCUUCAAGUGAAGAAAUUAAGGUGGUAUAUAAAGAGGAACCACUACAAGUGUAACCACUGAAGUCUUACUAUUGACAUACUAUUGCAAAAAUGUUUGUUUAAGAGGAGUUUAAAGAGGAGAGUGAAGACAUGAGUGAUCCAGAGCCACACCGAAUGAAAAAUGAAGAUACUGAGGAACAAAGAGACUUCAUAGAAGUAAAAGAAGAAUGUCAUCUGAAUGACAUAGAGGAGAAACACCAUCCGUAUCAUCAAAGAACUAGAGGCAACUAUUAUUUUACCUGCUGUCUUUGUGGAAAGAGUUUUACACAAAAAGGAGACCUUAAGCGUCACAUCAGAAUUCAUACUGGAGAGAAACCUUACACAUGCUCUCAAUGUGGCAGGAGUUUCAGAGAGAGCGGAGUCUUUAAAUGUCACAUGAGAGUUCACACUGGAGAGAAGCCUUUCACAUGCCUUCAGUGUGGAAAGACCUUUACACAGAGAGGACAGCUUGACGGUCACAUGAAAAUUCACACUGGAGAAAAGCCCUUCCCCUGCCCUCAAUGUGGAAAGAGUUUCAGAGAAAAGGGAAAUCUUAAGCGUCACAUGAGAAUUCACACUGGAGAGAAGCCUUACACAUGCUCUCAGUGUGGAAAGAGUUUCAAACAAGCAGGCAAUCUCACACUUCAUCUGCAGUCUCACUCUGGAUUAAGGCCAUUUAACUGUGAUCAGUGUGGCAAGACAUUUACGCAGACAUCACAUCUAAAGUUACACCUGACAACUCAUACUAAUGAGAAGCCUUACGUGUGUUCUUUUUGUGGAAAGAGUUUCUCUUACUCAGGUCACCUGAAAGCACAUGAGAGAGUGCAUACUGGAGAGAAGCCAUACCACUGCACUUCAUGUGAGAAGAGUUUCAGCCAGUCAAGUAAUCUAAAGACUCAUUUAAAAAAGGGUUGUCCAAAAUUGUCAUUGGGAGCUGUAUCUGAUCCUCCAUACCACACAGUGAUCGUAAUUCAAGCCUGCAGAACAACUCCAAGUGUAAUCACUGAAGCCUACUGGCAAACUAUUGCAAAAAUGAAGUUUGUUAAAGAGGAGUUUAAGGAGGAGAGUGAAGACAUGAGUCAUCCAGAGCCACACAGAAAUAAAAAUGAAGAUACUGAGGAACAAAAAGACUUAAUAAAAAUAAAAGAAGAAAGUCAAGAACUGAAUGACGUGGAGGAGAAAUACCAUCAGUAUCAUACAUUUGAGAAUUUCAUGACUGGUGGAGAAUCAUUUAGUGGCUCAAAGACUGAAAAGAAUUUCUCACUGAAAAGAUCUCAAAGAGUAAGAGCCAAAAAUUACUUCACCUGCUGUCACUGUGGAAAGAGUUUCAUAAAAAAAAGAAACUUUAACACUCACUUAACAAUUCACUCUGGAGAGAAGCCCUUCCCCUGCCAUCAAUGUGGUAAGAGUUUCAAAGAUAAAGGAAAUCUUCAGCGUCACGUAAGAAUUCACACUGGAGAGAAACCUUUCAAAUGUCUUCAGUGUAGAAAGAGUUUCACACAAGCAGGCCAUCUCACAGUUCAUCUGCAGUAUCACUCUGGAUUAAGGCAAUUUAACUGUGAACAGUGUGGCAAGAAAUUUACGCGGAAAUCACAUCUAAUGGUACACAUGACAACUCAUACUAAUGAGAAGCCUUGCGUGUGUUCUUUUUGUGGAAAGAGUUUUUCUCACUCAGGACACCUGAAAACACAUGAGAGAGUGCAUACUGGAGAGAAGCCAUACCACUGCACUUCAUGUGGGAAAAGUUUCACAAAGAGAGGAAAUCUAGAUGUUCACAUGAAAAUUCACACUGGACAGAAGCCCUUCCCCUGCCAUCAGUGUGGAAAGAGUUUCAGAGAGAAAGGAGGUCUUCAGCGUCACAUGAGAAUUCACACUGGAGAGAAGCCUUUCACUUGUUCUCAAUGUGGAAAGAGUUUCACACAAGUAGGCCAUCUCACAAUUCAUCUGCAAUAUCACUCUGGAUUAAGACCAUUUAACUGUGAUCAGUGUGGAAAGAAAUUUAUGCGUGCAUCACAUCUAAAGGUACACAUGACAACACACACAAAUGAGAAACCUUACGUGUGUUCUUUUUGUGGAAAAAGUUUUGCUCGCUCAGGUCACCUGAAAGUACAUGAGAGAGUGCAUACUGGAGAGAAGCCAUACCACUGCACUUCAUGUGAGAAGAGUUUCAGCCAAUCACGUAGUCUAAAGACUCAUUUAAAAAAGUGUUGCCUUAAGUUAUCAUUGUGAGAAAAGUUACACUUAUGUAUUUAAUAACACAACUUCAGUCAGUUUACUAGAUCUGCUAUAGUUUGAAAGUCAUAAAUUCAUUUUAAAAACAUAAAAGAACAGGAAAAAUGCAUACAUUGCUAAUAAUUAUCUUCAUUUGUAUUUUUGUCUUUUUACAGUAAAAAUAUCUAAACAUUCUUUAAACAAGAUACAUUUACUUGACAAGAGAAAUGGCGUAAGAUAUUAAAUCUUCUUUUGGGAGAAAUCUAACUGAAUUCAGCGAGGUUGAAGUUUAAAAGAAGAAUUUGCCAAUGGGGUGAGAAAAAUAAACUUUUAAUUUAUUUUUCUUACCCCAUUGUCAGAUUUUUUUCUCUCUUGUUUUAAGCAUAAAUUUGACAAAAUGUGGUCAGAUUUCACUGAAAACAAGACUUAAUUUCUUUCGCCAUUUUGCUUGUUAACUAAAUAUUUCAUGUUUUAUAAAUGCUUAGAUAUUUUUAUUUAGAAACAAAACAAAAUAAUUAGAAAUAGUUACAAAAUAAACUAAUAAACUUUUUUUUUUGUUGUAGUGUAUAAAUGAUCAUAACCAUGUAUAACAGGUUAUGUAUAACAUUAGAAUGACAGAAAUACCUUCAGCAUUUUACAUAAAAAGAGUGAAAUCAAAUUGGGGUUCAAUUCAUGUAUUAUUCCUCUGUCACAAUUGAACUGAUGUUGAUCAACAUGAUACAUAAACCUUCUAAAAACAUCAAAUUAAGGCACUGUUUAUACCUGGCAUUAUUACACGGCACUCUGGAAUAAUCUUUUCUGAUUGGUCAAUGUCGCCAACAACCGCACAUCCGGGGAUUAAAACAUAUCAGACCGAUCAUUCGGCUAUUGAAAGUCAUCUUUCCUGCUUUUAGGAUCACUUUGUGUAAUCACCCUCUCAGGGUUUAUUUUGUGAUAACAACCGGAUGACUGUACAUUAUCCCUUACUUAACAUGCAUUUUGGUCAAUCCGGUAACAAGUGGUCAAAUGAGACACAUUAACGUUUACACCUGACUGUGUCUCCUUUGUCCACUUGUGAAUGCAUUUCUUAGAAGGGAGGGUGUAUGGGCAGGUCUCUGAUUGCUUCAUUACAUAUGUAAAAAGGUGAGUCAAAAACAACAUAGUGAAUGGUAAAGUGAAUGGAAAAGUAGACUAAGGAAAAGAUAGUAAUACAGCUGCUUUUAAUUUUGCUUUGAUAUCCGCAUGACCACGCAGAAUGUUUUGAGUGAUUGGUAUGAAUGUGAUUUAAUGAAAUAAAUAUACUGUCUGCAUGUGCUGUGUGCUGCAAAGUGAAUGUGUGAAGCCGCUCAUAUGCUGAAAACUCCACAUUUUAUGUGCAUCGCACGCUGUGCUUGUUGAAGUAAAAACAGAGCACUUAUUCACUGUGACAAGCGCAGCGCCUGCAGACUAUAUAUUUAUAUAAUUAAAUCACAAUAAUCACAUUGGCUCAUAUACAGGUGCAUCUCAAUAAAUUAGAAUGUCAUGGAAAAGUU